AUGGGCGCCUUCGACCCCAUCAUAACCUUUGAGAAGGGGACGUAUGUUGAAACGGACACUGGAAACAAGGUCUCGCGCAAGGCGACAAUCUUGGGUGCGCAGAAUAUCGUCCUUGCGGGCAAGAGCAUCAUCCAAACGCGGGCAAUUGUGCGCGGCGACCUACGCCGUAACCAGACGGGCAGCUACGUCGUCAUCAGUAUGGGACGGUACUGCCUUCUCGGGGAUGGUGCCAUCCUCCGCCCACCAGGCAAGAUCUACAAGGGCGCGUUCACGUUCUACCCCGUGCGCAUCAUGGAUUACGUGCACAUCGGGGCGGACUGUAUUGUCGAGGCGGCGAGUAUUGGAAGCUGUAUCGAGAUUGGGGCGCGGAGUAUUAUCGGCAAAUUCACCGUCAUCAAGGACUGCGCCCGUAUCCUCCCCGACUCGGUCGUGGCCGAUGGUACCGUCAUCCCCUCGCUGACCGUGUGGGGCGGCAAUCCCGCCAAACUUGUCAACACGCUUCCCGAGACGUACCAGGAGACGAUCGAGGAGAAGUGCAAGAGUUAUUACCGCAACUUUCGUGCGGCCGAGCCAGAGCGUCGCCGAUAG